AAAAUUUCUACUGACACAAUUUGACGUAAGAAACUCGAUGUUAUGUGAAAUUAUAUUGAGAUUUUAUAACAAUAAUUGUGUAUAAAAUUGCAUUAAACUAAGGUAAAAUUUUUUAAAGCUCUUUAGUGACCAUAAGUAAUGGUCUAUUCAUUUUAGAAAAAGAAAUGGGUGCUUGUGUAUCAAAAAAUGGAAAAAGAAAAGUAAAAGAAAAUAGUCAACAAUACAAAAAAUCACCAGCAAACAAAGUAAACGUGAAUGAAAUAAGAAGAAAACGAAGCCGAACGCCAUCAGUUCCAUCACCCCUAAUUGAAGAACCUGAACUGGAAACCAUCCUGGGCCUUCAAACAGAAAAAGAAGAAAUUCAAAACACCGAAUCAAAUCACAUUGAAGCUGUUGAACCAAAACCAAAAGAAACCAGUAAUUUGAACGCUCCUCUGGAAGUCACAUCUUCUGUAGAAAACCCUGAUAAAGCAAAUAUUACAAUUGAAAUAGAAAACGACGUUCUUGAAAUAGCAGAGCCGCCAACUCCUCACCAUUUAUCCCCCAAAGAAAAAAUCCGCUUUAGACGUGACUUCUUUUUAAAAGACAUCCUGAACCCGCCAUCCAAUAACUCUUAUCAAGCGAACAUUCGAAACUCCGAGGUGAUUUUGAGGAAUAAUAGUGCCAAUGGCCUUAAUGGACAUUUUUAUUCGGCACGUGAGACAUAUCCAGUUUCAAAAAUUACGCCUCCCAAACCAAAGAGACAGUCCUUGGGACAAGUUACUACUUUAGAAGAAAAAGAUGUUAGCAGUGGUGACGCCAAGACAAUAGAACACAAGGAAUUAGAAGAUUGUAAGCAAGCUGUUGAUUUAGAAAAUGCUGAGUGUGCUAACGGUAAAAAAGAAGAUGGGAUUGUAAAGGAAAAAGAUGUUUCAAGUGGCAUUUUAGAGAUUGCAAAAUUAAAAGAUCAAGUAUUUCAAAAUGGUAAUACUGAGGAGAUAAUUAGUAAAGUAACUGUUAAAUUAGAUGCCAUAGAUGACAGCAUUAAGUCACAAGCUGUAUUAAUAAAUUAGUCUAAAUAUAAACGAUAAUCAGUAGGAUUGUAAAUAUUGUUUUUUUAAAUUAUAAUUCUGAUUACUGUAUACAAGUUGUUUUUAUAAAAAUAUAAAAGCAGA